AUGAAGUUCAUGCGGAAGAUGGAGCCGCAGCUCAGCCCGCUUUCCAUCUCCGGAAGGUCGCUGCACAACACCCUUUCGUCCGAGCGCUGGCGGAAGAAGCAUCGCCCCCAUGAACAUCUCACAGAAGGCUAUCUAGAUGCUCCUUUAUCACCACCAACAGAUGUUCGUCCUGCUAUGAAACGACAACGAAUUUAUUGUCAACUUCGUAGUGAAGAUUCUAGUAUGUUUGGUGAACGGAAUAACACAAUGGAGGAUGAAAACGAAGAUGAUGAGUACGAGGAACUGCACUCACACUACAAAUGUUCUAAAAUUCAGGAUAAGAGCAAGCCACCACAGUCACGACGUGAAGCACUCCAUGCUAGUAGAGUUUCUGCAUCAAUAAAGGUUUCCACAGAUAUUUUCUUAAAGAGCACAAGAUAUCCAAACAGGAAGGUUGCCUUAGGCAGAGUACUUAGCCAGGACCCCAAAACCAAAGUUGGAGAUGUUGCUUUAGGCAAAGAAUUUUGGAUGGUGUGUGUUAGUCUGGCCAUAUAA